AUGGGAUUCGUAGGAGCGCUCGCGCUCCCCUCCACAGCAGUUACAGCAAAAACGCAACUCCUUUGGGCUGUGCUUCUUAUUUGCGUCUGUUUCCUGUUAGACGUCUCUAGCGCGCGGAAACAGUGGCUGGACUCGUCAUAUGCAUUAUCUCCCGAUGGUGGCCGCGCACAGCUCCACUUUUCUACCUUUUCUGGGAAUUCUCUCGUAGACAUAUCCAGUCAUGGACUGAGAGACUCCACGGUUGAGGCCAGGAGGCCGGCCCCGCUGACAGGGUCGGCGGCUUCGGAUGUAGAGACCAACGGGACAGUAAACGCUGCGCCUUUUGCCCCCAGGGCGACAAGCGCGCAGGAUUAUCCGCCGCCGGACCUGUCGGAGCAGGAGUUGGACAAGCUUCUUUUACUCGACGCUGAUCCCGCCUAUCAGUCCCCCAGUCCCAAUCUCGUCGAUGAGGUUACACACUCAGUGAAAAAGCUUAUGAACGAACCCGCAGAAGCCCUCCCCGGGGUGCAGCCGAAGCCUUUCGUGACAGAUCAUGAACGACUUGCGAUGCUCAGCAACAAUCUGAAGGAGCUUAGGACCAUGUUGGAAGACCCUGACCUCGAGAAAGCUGUCAAUGGCAUUCUUGCGUUGCUGCCUGUCCUGGAAUAUGGAGAAUCAUCAGAGGCCCAUACAUCCUCUGUUGAUUCUUUGGAGGCAUGGUCGGACUUGCAAGUGCCUGCAAUGCCCUCUUCGUCGGCAGAGCAAUUCUCUUCGGCAGACGAUCGCAUGCCUCAAGAGAUCUCUGCUGCUGCUGUCGAGCAGCAAGAGAUGCGCAACAAUCUUGCUUUCCUGUCACUUUCGUUGGCUGGAUCAAGUAGCAUCGUUGACGAAGAGCCUCUUGAGAAGACCAGAACGAGGCUCACUGAGAAACUGAAGAGGGUAGCUGGGAUGGCCCUGGGCUUCGAACAGUUCGGCAUCCACCAGACAGCUACAGGUUCUGGAGUUUCGAUAGAUGAAACCGCAUCUGGCGCGUCUGUAGACUCUGGCCCAGUGGAAGACAGUAGUGAAAUGGUCCCCCUCGCUGGGUUGACAGCCGGAAGAGUGACCGGAUUAGCUACAACGAAAGGCGCCUCUAUACCACAUGUUGUGGGCCUCAUCGCCACCUCGAAUCCUUUCCUGCUCACGCAUCUGCUCCUCUUAGGAGCCGCUUUCCUCGGAUAUGACAGAUACUUCGGUGAUGGAACGCCCACGUUGUUGCCUUUCUACGGGACGCAGACUUUGUUGUCCAUGUUAUCUCCACUAGACACUCCUGCGCGUUUAGACAGCAUGGCAGCUGCCAAUAGAGAGCCGCGCAAGCGGUACGUGAUUUCGAGGUUGUCGAGAAAGAAGAACAUUACAUAUUCUUUCGACCUAGCCAGCAGUUCUUGGGACCGGAAAAGGAGUUCACGGCUUCCCCUCGGAAGUCACCGCCUCAUACUCGAUGUGCUUGACAGGCACCUGGAAGCCUUGACUACUUACGCUGAGCAGCAGAUUGAAAUACUCCGGCAGGCAGGUAUCCCUGUGGAAGCGUCGAUUCCAAUAGCUGAUAAUUUAGCCAGGCUACAUGUCUCGAGUUGCCGCUCUACGAACAAUGCCAUAGCCAUUCCCUGCGCCUGGAAGGACACUCUCCUUGUCGAAACGCUGUCAAGCUCUGGCGAUGCUGGCGAAAACGACGAUGGCGCGAGGCGGACUCACCUCAAAAUUUCCAAGCUGGAGAAUGCGUUCAACACGGUGACCGGACUAGGUAGUCUCGCAGCAAAACGCGAGAAUACAGCUAGUGCGAAGAUCCUGAAGCGAUACGGAUUGUCACACUUGCUGGACCUCGCAAACCAGCGGCAGGCCAGCAGCACCCCGCUAUGGGACAAAAGCGACAUCAGCAGGAAACUGGAGGCAUUCCACGAUUACAAGACAGCAUUGCGCGUUCGCCUCCACAUUAUGGCACUGCUUCCACAAUGGAAUCCAUACCGAGAGGAAUACCUGUCUCCGAUCGAGUUUGUUCGAGAGGCCUUUGACGGCGAAACAGGAAGCAUGAUCCUGGCUGCGCGCCUCAAGCCUUUGAUGACGGACGAUCUGGUCCAUCUCGGUGUACCAAAGGGCUUCUCAUUCUUAUGGCUUUUCGAAUUCUUGAUAGACGACGAUUCGCCUAACGCUCGGGUCACAAGGAGCCAAGCAGUAAAGCGGAGUGCUAGGUGGACAAAAAUUUUGUACUCACAUCGUCAAGCGAUACCGCUGCUCUUCCGCCGGUUCUACAAAACUUUAAAAACUGGUGUCCUAGCCAAAAUGCGGAGGAAGAGUCUGGAACGAUCAAAAUUAUUACUCCGUCAGCAUCUGCCAGACGACUGGCAAGACAUUGUCGUCAGCGCCUUCACGUUCACGGCCCACAGUGCCGCCCUGAUGCAAGUGGUGAAUUAUCAUUCGCUUUUCCGUGAUCAAGCCCUGGACGAUUUACAAGAGUCUACGUAUCUCUCCGCCCCUCCGUCGUUCUCGGUCCAAAGCCAAAGCGCUGUAAAAAGGUGCGACCACCGAAUAUACGAGUGGUCGCGCUUCGGUUUCUCGCCUGACGUUCUUGAGGCGGAUCUGCAUAAUGAAACAUUCAAGGGAAAGUGGAAUAAAAUUCGACUUGAAACUAUGCCCACGCCAGACACUCACCAAUGGUGGAGACGCCUCCAUAGAUCUGUAGUUGACUCUCUUGAAAAAUAUCGAGCUCAUGAAGGCCAUUUGGAAGGCAUGAACGACAAUUUGUACACUUUGGUCAUGGACACCACGCAAAGGCUUACGGAAGAAGGCGCUGCUGAUAGCACCAUAUUUUUUGGACGCAGUGCUCGGGGUGCCCGCGAGUCACGUUUUAAAAGGGUGAAGCGAGGCAUGAAGUCAUUCGUCCUUGACAUUGUUCGUGAUGUCCCGGAAUCGGACCAUGCAGUGUGGUUUGGCGUCACAUUCGGUUUCCCGUCAAUCUUGCGAGUUCUUCGCAAGAUGAAGGAGAUCGCAGUGGGUGCCACGGAUGACAAAGACGUGUCAAUUCCUCUGGAUGAGGCAUUCAUGGAAUUGGUGCAGGAAACGAUAGCAGUCCGGACAGAAUCAUUUAGACGCCAACCCCCCACAGCCCUCCGGAACAUCGGUGUGAUAGGAUUGCGACCCGACUACGGCAACCUUGGCUUUGAAAGACGGUCCGAGGAAUACCAAUUAUCUAUGUGUGCGGACCAUUGUGCCGCCCUUUGGCGGCAAAUUCUUGGGUUCGUCUACCCAUUCGUGCUUGAUCCGUCACUCCUGACUGACUACGAACGGUCUUUCGGCACUGAUCAUGCAGUGAAGCAGCUGGACAACCCUAGUUAUGUGAACUCUUUCCGCUACAUCUUUGCGAGCGAUGCCGCUCUCAACUUCCUGGAGUACAGCACCCCCUCGGAGACGCGCAAGGCUUUGAUGGCACUCAAAGAUGGACAGGCGUUCAUGUACGCGAAUAUGAUGAGAUUUGCUGGAAUGGCCUACGGCAACCUCAACAUGCCGUACCUGGCCGGUUCACUCCAGAGACAAGCGCCCUUUAUGGGACAGAUGGUAAAGGAUUGGUUGGUUAAGAGAAGCCGCGCUCGGAAGUUCGCUUUACAGAGUGUAGUAUCUCUUGGGCUAAUCUUCGUCUACACGCUCUUGUCCGCGCUGGAUAUAGCACGGCACUUGACCGACAUAGGAAUGGAAGCUGUGGAAGACUGUCACUGGAAUCCAAUUAUGCAAGAGCUGGCGUGCUUGCCGGUUGCAGGAGGUGGGGCUGUAGCGGUGCCGCUGUUCACUGCGAUGUCUGAUGUCUUCAAAGUCGGCCUGUAUUCUGGUAUUGGAUCGACAAUCAUCAGCGCCACCGUCAUCGGCAAUGUGUACAUGAUCGUCCGCUCGGAAAGCAGGUUGCUACUACGGAUGGAAAUGGCUAUCAAGGAGCUGGCGCUGAAACUCUGGAAAAAGCUGCGGAAAUUCUUUUCCUGGGCAACAAGGUUCACAAAGAGGCGCAAAGCAAUUCUCAGCACCAUGAUGGCUCGAGCAUCGGCCCUCUCUAAGAAAAGCGGAGCAUACAGGAAGACCGCUCGCGUCCUGGAGGUAUCAGGUGAUACUGUCGUCGACACGCUGCUAGAAGGGAUGCCAUCAUAUACGACACAGGGAGUCCAGAGUCUAAUGGCACCUGCGAUAUCGCACACUUAG